GGGGGGCGUCCGGGGGUGCCGGGAGCGGGCGGCGGGCGCCGGCCAGGGUAGCCCCUCCUGGGGGCGGUGCCGUGUCCCGGGCCCCCGCGGAAGCCCCGCCCGGCCGCGCUGUCACUCACCGCCCCGGGGAGACGCUCUAGCUCCAGGGAGGCGGUGGCGGUGGCGGCGUCUGGACCCGGCCGGGCGGCUCCCCCCGCGCGCAGUUGCCAUCUUCUAAAUGGAUUCCAGUGAAUUUUCAGGAUCUUUGGACCCCCUGUCCUUGCCUGACAAACCGCUUAUUGGUGAUCUCCCUGCUGACAUGGAGUUUGGGGAAGAUCUCCUCGGCUCCCAAACAGCUUCUACCCAGGAAGUUUCAGUUCUUCAGCCUCCUGACUGGGAUGAAUCCAAGCAGAUGACUGCAGAUGGGGACUUGGACCUUCUAGUGAAAGCAGACAGCCUGUCUGAACUAAACAAAUCAAAUGACCUUGUUCUAGAUAAACCUAGUGUCUUGGAUAUGCUGGAGAAACCUGAUGUCUUAGAUGACUUGGAUAAAACUGCUGACUUGAUGGAGCUAGAUAAAUCGCAGGGUCUGGAUGGGCUGUAUAAGCCACAUCCUUCCCAGGAUGUGGAGGAUGGACCAGCGGACUCAUCUGCCCUCUCUAGAGAAGCCCUUGUUCCAGAAACAUGGAAAGAAGGGGAAGAUGCACCAAAAAAUGAUUCUGGGGACCUAAAGGAGGAUGGUACUGCUGCUAUUCCUGCACUGUCUGAUGACAAUGCCCCUGAAUCACCCCAACAGCCCACCCCUGACUCUGGGGACCUUAGUGGUGCCCCAGCCACAGAAGAAAUCACAGCACAAUCCUCAAGUCCACCAAUGGCCCCCCAACAACUCAGUCUUAAACAGUCAAAGAAGACAAGGUUGAAGGCACUAAGGAAAAGCUCACCCAUGCAGAGGGAAGGGCUGACAGGGGAAACAGAGGUGGAACUGAGCCUGGACAACAGUACUGCAGCUUUGCCCCCUGAGCCCAUGGAGGACAACCAGGCAGAGGAAGGGGAUGAUAGUGGGAACAACUCACUUAAAGCAAGUAAUGUACUGAAAGCACAGGAAGCCUCACCACCAGCAGGAGAAGGCCUGUCUGGGAAGGGAAGCGAGCUGCCAACUGAGAAGGAGCAGAAAAGAAGUGAACGAGCCAGAAGAUCAGAAACUGCCAGGCCUGAAACUGUGAACUCCUCUGAGAGCAUUCCGGUCUCUGACGAAGACUCUGAUGCAAUGGUGGAUGAUCCCAACGAUGAGGAUUUUGUUCCUUUUCGUACCCGACGCUCCACUCGCAUGUCUUUACGCACUCAGAUGGCUCAGCGAGCUGCCCGCUCUACUGUUACCAAGAUGACUUGUGCCAACUGCCGGACUCCACUGCAGAAGGGCCAAACUGCCUACCAGCGUAAAGGGCUCCCUCAGCUAUUCUGCUCCAGCUCCUGUCUCACCACCUUCUCAAAAAAACCACCUGGCAAGAAGAUAUGCACCUUCUGUAAAAAGGAGAUCUGGAACACCAAGGACUCUGUGGUUGCCCAGAUUGGUUCUGGUGGCUCUUUCCAUGAGUUCUGCACCUCUGUCUGCCUCUCCCUCUACGAGGCCCAGCAGCACAGACCAGCACCUCAGUCUGCAGAUGCCUCAGACACCAGCCGCUGCAGUGUCUGCCACAAACCUGGCGAGAUCCAGCAUGAGGUCAGCAAUGGGAAUGUGGUUCACCGCAUCUGCAGCGACGCCUGCUUCACCAAGUUCCGGGCCACCAAGGGGCUGAAAACCAACUGCUGUGACAACUGUGGACUUUACAUCUACAACAAGGGCCUGCCCCUGGAGUACCUCUUCCAUGAAGGCCAGCAAAAACGCUUCUGCAACUCUGCCUGUCUCAACAGUUACAAGAAGAAGAACACUCGGGUCUACCCGUGCAUGUGGUGCAAGACGCUGUGCAAGAACUUUGACAUGCUGCCCAACGUGGAUCGCAGUGGCAAGAUGGGCCUGUUCUGCUCCAUUUGCUGCACUACCUCCCACAAAGUGAAGCAGUCAGGCUUGGUUGGUCCCCCUAGACCCUGCAGCUUCUGCAGAAAGAGUUUGUCUGAACCCUGCUAUUACAACAAGACAGACCGGGUUGUCUACCAGUUCUGCAGCCCCAGCUGCUGGACCAAAUUCCAGCGCACCAGCCCAGAAGGUGGGAUCCACCUCAACUGCCAUUACUGCCACAAUCUUUUCAGCGGGAAGCCGGAGAUCCUAGACUGGCAGGACAAGGUGUAUCAGUUCUGCUGCAAGGACUGCUGCGAGGACUUCAAGCGACUGCGCGGGGUGGUGUCUCAGUGUGAGCACUGCAAACAGGAGAAGCUGCUGCAUGAGAAGAUCCGCUUCUCUGGAGUGGAGAAGAACUUCUGCAGCGAAGGGUGUGUGCUUCUUUACAAACAGGAUUUCACCAAGAACCUGGGCCUGUGCUGCAUCACCUGCACCUACUGUUCUCAGACCUGCCAGCGGGCGGUCACCGAGCAGCUGGAGGGCAGCACCUGGGACUUCUGUAGUGAAGACUGCAAAAGCAAAUACUUGCUCUGGUACUUCAAGGCAGCUCGGUGCCAUGCCUGCAAGCGUCAGGGGAAGCUGCUGGAAACCAUCCACUGGCGGGGGCAAAUCAAACACUUCUGCAACCAGCAGUGUCUGCUGCGAUUUUACAAUCAACAGAACCAGCCCAACCUGGACACGCAGAAGGGGCCCGAGAGCCUGCUGAACAGUCAGACUUCAGAACCAAAACCACCUGCCCCUUCCCCACAGAAGGCAGAGACUAACAUGCUGUCGGCAAAGGCAUCCUCAGCACAGAUGUCUCCAGCCGCACCUCCUCUCCCACCCCCUCCAGUUCCAGCCACCCCUCGGAAAAACAAAGCUGCCAUGUGUAAACCACUGAUGCAGAACCGGGGUGUUUCCUGCAAGAUAGAAAUGAAGUCCAAAGGCUGUCAGACAGAGGCUGACUGGAAGCCCCAGGUGAUUGUGUUGCCAAUCCCCGUCCCGAUCUUCGUGCCUGUGCCUAUGCAUAUGUACUGCCAGAAAGUACCUGUGCCUUUCUCCAUGCCUGUCCCGGUGCCUGUGCCAAUGUUCCUGCCCACCACGCUGGAGAGCACAGAUAAGAUUGUGGAGACCAUUGAGGAGCUGAAGGUGAAGAUCCCCUCCAAUCCCCUGGAGGCUGACAUCCUGGCCAUGGCCGAGAUGAUUGCAGAGGCUGAGGAACUGGACAAGGCCUCCUCGGACCUGUGUGACCUGGUGAGUAACCAGAGUGCAGAGGGUCUCCUGGAGGACUGUGAUCUGUUUGGACCAGCACGGGAUGAUGUGUUGGCUAUGGCUGUCAAGAUGGCAAAUGUCCUCGAUGAGCCGGGCCAGGAUCUGGAGGCUGACUUCCCUAAGAACCCUCUAGACAUCAACCCCAGUGUGGACUUCCUCUUUGACUGUGGGCUAGUGGGACCAGAUGAUGUGUCCACAGAACAAGAUCUGCCUCGUGCUGUCCGAAAGGGGCAGAAGCGUCUGGUGCUCUCUGAAAGCUGUUCCCGGGACUCAAUGAGCAGCCAGCCCAGCUGCACAGUGCUGAACUACUCAUACGGUGUGAAUGCCUGGAAGUCCUGGGUGCAAGCCAAGUAUGCAGGGGGAGAGACCAGCAAGGGAGAGGAGCUACGCUUUGGCCCCAAGCCCAUGAGGAUCAAGGAAGACAUCUUGGCCUGCACAGCAGCUGAGCUCAACUACGGCCUGGCCCAGUUUGUCAAGGAGAUAACACGGCCCAAUGGGGAGCGCUACGAACCAGACAGCAUCUAUUACCUCUGCCUUGGCAUCCAGCAGUACCUGCUCGAGAACAAUCGUAUGGUGAAUAUAUUUACAGACCUUUACUACCUGACCUUCGUGCAGGAGCUGAACAAGUCCCUGAGCGGCUGGCAACCCACAAUCUUACCAAAUAACACAGUUUUCUCACGUGUCGAGGAGGAGCACCUCUGGGAGUGCAAGCAGCUGGGCGUUUACUCACCCUUCGUGCUCCUCAACACCCUCAUGUUCUUCAACACCAAGUUCUUCGGGCUGCAGACAGCGGAUGAGCACAUGCAGCUCUCCUUCACCAACGUGGUGCGCCAGUCCCGCAAGUGCACCACGGCCCGUGGCAUGACAAAGGUGGUGAGCAUCCGCUACUAUGCUCCUGCCAAGCAGAAGAAAAGCCGAGAUGGUGGCUCUGGAAAGCGGAAGCGUGAGGAGGAGGUACCGAUGCUGGAGCAGCGGGAGAACAGGAUGAACCCACUCCGAUGCCCAGUCAAGUUCUAUGAGUUUUAUCUCUCCAAAUGUCCCGAGAGUCUGCGGAACCGCAACGAUGUAUUCUACCUGCAGCCUGAACGGUCGUGCAUUGCCGAGUCCCCACUCUGGUACUCAGUCAUCCCCAUGGACCGGAGCAUGUUGGAGAGCAUGCUGAACCGCAUCCUGGCCGUGAGGGAGAUCUACGAAGAGCACAGUCGGCUUAGCAGCCUGGAGGAUGACAUGGACUAAGAGUGAGGUGCUGCCAGGCUGGCUGUGCUCCAGCCCAGGACACCUCGUCUCCCUGCCUCCUGCUGCAGGGCUGGGGCCAUGCAGCAUGGGAGGGGAUAGUGCUGUGGCAGCACUGUCUAUCGUUACUGGACUUGGACAUCGCAUCCUGCUCAUUAUGGGCCUCUCCUACGUAAGUGGCCCCUGCGCUCAGCCCUGCCUCCUGUCCUGGCUGCUGGGUGAGCCGUCUUCCCUGGGGCCAGUCCCCACAGCACAGGGGUGGCAGAGCCCCCAAGGCAGCUCCCCUUGCCCAGCCCUGUCCCCUGCUAUUCCCAGCCCUGACACUACCCCCCCUCUCCCCCUACCCCAGUGCAGGAACCACACCAUUCGGCAGAGUGCUGUCUGGGACCAGCAGCCCCGAGGCUUUUAAUUCCCCCUUCCUUUAGCAUCCCCUCACAAGGCUGUGGGUGGCACGGCAGGAACGGUAGCUCUGCUGCUGCAGCAGCAUGGUGUUUUCAAGCCAGUGGGGAAGGACCAUCAGCAGCCUGAGAGCUGUUGGGUCAGGAGGAGGGCUUGUUCGCAGGGGUGGGAGAGGUUUGGGCUGGCUUUGGGGAGCAGAGGAAGCUGGUGCUGGAAUAUGAGGGCAGAGACCCAGCCUUGCCACGGGGAUGCCUCCCUUGAACGCAGCCAGGCCGCCUCCCUCAAUUUUGUCAGUGUUUUCUGAGUCUGUGGAAAACUGAUGGAGACAGGUCUGUGCCAGUGCUGCCCCUCUGUCCCCACUGUCCUGCAUCCUAGCGUAAUACCCCUCCUCAGUGCAAGGUGCCAUCAGUGGGUCCCUCCGCUCUGGCUGGGGGCUUGGGCAGCUGCUGGCAGAAGUGAGGACCUCUGCCUGGCCUCCCCCUCCCUCCCAAAGCAGUGGGGUGCUGGCGCCCUGCCCAGGGCGAGCCUGGCUCUGGCUGCGCCGCUCCCUGCUGCCUCUUGCCCCUCCUUGUGUUCUGGUCAGUUUUCUUGAGCUGUACAUGGGUCUCCUGUUGAGCCUGUAUAUAUUGUUCUGGGCCCUGGCCCGGGGCCAUCUGUUCUCUGUGUCCAUGUGGAGAGUGAGCCACUCACCAGUCUUGUUGUAGUGAUGCCAGGGCGGUAGGACUAACCCUGUGUCUCUGGAAACCAUUCAUUUCAAAUAAAGAUGCAGAAGACUUC